GGGGGGCUAAUCAGAUUUCCGAGGUUCACAAGUACUGCUUUUGAAUUUAGACUCUACUUGUACGCUUGAGUCCAGAUUCGGUAGUCCAGGUCUACGCUCACACGUUGUAUUUAUGUCACUGGAAGGCAACCUUGUACAGGGCUGAGACCAGUUUUUGCGAAGAAGUCUACAUCAGCCCGAGGUGAUCUGGAUCUCCAAGAUCAGUUACUUAAUGCGCCGUGAACACAUAAGUAAGACUAGCUUUAUUCUCUUAAACUCGUUUCAACUCUUUCUUUCCUCGCUUCGCCUCGCCUCUUUUUUAUCUUGAAUGUCCUCUGAUUCUUUUCAACCUCCACUUCAACUGAAAGGCGAAAUCAUGGAUCUCGAAUUCACAGUCGAUACUGACCAUCGCAAGAGAAGACGCAAUAGAACAACUCAGUCAUGUCUUAAUUGUCAUACCUCAAAGCGCAAGUGUGAUAGAAAACGUCCAUGCCAGCGAUGUAUACAACUCGGCUUAACUGGCCUUUGUGUCUAUGAGAUCGAUGACCCCGCACUAAGAGAUGAUCCCACGAUCGAUGAAGCCACUCGUUUGAGGAACAGAAUCGCAGAACUCGAAAGUCUCGUCAGGGAGUUGCGUGGGAAACCACAUCCUCGUUGGGCCGAUGCCAAUUUCCGAGACGGAGAUCCAUCUGAAAGAUGGCAUUCACGAGCAGCAAAGAACAACAUGCAACUCAGACGGCGCGGUCGGUCUGACGACGUACUAGAGCGCUCCAACCAAGAACCCCGGGGCUUGGUUUCUGCCGCUGGCGCGCCCAUCAAAAUUGAACCCGUAACAGACAUCUCUCAACCCCAUCUGUAUCGCUUUACACCAUCCCCUCCGGCUUCCUACUCCGCAUUUCAUUCCGAUAACUCUUCAUCGCCACCAUUCGAGCGUCAAAAUGGUCAUCAUUACAGCAACAGCUUGCCUAGUAAUGGGCGUUCCAUGCCGUAUUCAUCCCCCACAUCCAAUCAGAACAUGACGUAUAGCCAUCACCAUACCGACUCCUCGUUUCAAGAAAACGGUCACGUCUAUCCGAUGAACUCCGCCGAACAAGAUAAAGUUUUUGGCAAUCAUUUCGCUGACUCCCCCGUAUCGCAUUCUUUUUGUUCGUGCCGAACAAAUCCUGCCACCGGUCAUGCCCUCAUAUCUCUGAGUCAUCAACUGCAAAGUACACUGAACUCCUUAAGGCAGUAUGCUCAGCAUCCCGAGAACACCCAGUGCCAGCUGUUCAGGCGCAUCAUCGAAUUGCAUGAUCUCAUGCGUGGUAAUGAUCCGGAUGAGGCAUCGGGAUCACCAUAUGGAACACUUCCCACACCUACCGAAAGCGACAUUUUGUCGUCGCAUUCGUCCUCAAGUACCCCGUUCCACGGAUCCUCAUCAGCUUCUGUAUCAGAGUGGAAUGCCAUGGCUUCUUCGAGAUAUAACCCAUACUUCCCCGUUUCCCCAACUGAACAGGGUCUGUAUAGUAAUAUCAUCACAUGAGCGGGCAUCCGUUCCAUCGUGAGCUAGUCCUUGCAGCCCCAUUCAAAUAUAUUCACUUUCGUCAUGCUGGCUGUGACGAUCACUAUGAUGCCUUUAGUAUCUUGUGCCUUAGAGUAGCAAAACUACAGCACUUGUAUAUUACAUGCCCUGUACUAUCAUCAUACAACGUGCGGCGAACCACAUAGACAUCAUUAAUGAACCGGUUGCAACAUAAAACGAA